AUGGCACUAUGCGGAACAGACUACUACAACAACAACAUUUUUCAUCGCAACAUCAAGAGUUUCAUCGUUCAAACCGGCGAUCCAACCAAUACGGGCAAAGGCGGUCAGAGCGUCUUUGGAGCUCCAUUUGAGGACGAGAUUUCGGCUGAUUUGACGGUAUGAGUUGGCAUAGCUUAAAAAUUUGAAAUUUUAAUUUUUUUUUCGAAUUUUUGAAAUUUUUUUGAUAUUUUAAAAUUUUUAAAGUUUUACGAAAAGAACAUUGUUUUAAAAGUAAAAUACGACCUUUCACCCCUACCCCUAGCGACAUCCCUGAUAACCAGUAUCAGGGCCGGGCGCGAGGUACCCCCCCCAGAAAAAAAAUUUUUUGAAAAAAAUUGAACGUGGUCCCCCUGUGGAUUUUCGAAAAAAAAAAAUUCGCAAAAAAUCGGCACAGGUGCCGAUUUUUUGGACCCCCGCUCCCAGACCAAAAGUCCCCGCCCGGCCCUGACCAGUAUAAUCCACUCAAAGUACUGGAAACAUUCGGAACGCCAAAACGAACGUUUUGCGGAACGCUGACUCUGAUCAAACGUGAAUUAUGACCGCGAACGUUGUGUUCGGGUUGUGACUUGCGAUAAAAACGAGAACACAAGACACAGUAGACUUUAGCUAUUCAAAAUUGAAGGGGAUUUUGAAGUGUGUCAAGGGAAAAUGUUUAGGGGAGGAAUAAAGCUAGGGCUAGGGCCAAAAAUGGCAGCUUUUCAAAAAUUUUUUGUGUUUUUUUGGAAAGGGGGACCAAAGUUUUUCGAUAUUAAAAAAAACUUUAAAUUAAAAAAAAAAUUUUUGAUGGCAUGGGUUUAAGAGAUAAAGUCGUAGUAUUUUCAGUCUAUUUUUCUUGUUUUAGUUGAAGAUAUCAGCUGAAAAAUGUUCGAAUUGAGUUCCACAGGAGUUCCAAGCUGAUUUUUUUUUUGAAAAUUUUUUUAAAUCGGAAAAAAAUUUUUUGAUGGUAUGGGUUCAGACUAUGAAGUUGUGGUAUUUUAAUAUUAUUUUUGUUGUUUUAAUCGAAGGUAUUAGCUAAAGAGCGAUUUUUUUGAAAAAAAAGUUCCACAGGGGGGACCAAGCUGAUUUUUUUAAAAAUUUUUGGAAAUUUUUCUAAAUUGAAACUUGUUUCUGUUGAAGAUUUGGUUGGAAAAACCAGCCGCGACGUAUUUUAACUUUGAUUUUAUAGAUUUUCUCAAAAAUGUUUGUUAAAAACCGAAAGUUUUCGAAAAACUUCCACAGGGGGGGACCAAGCUGAUUUUUUUUGAAAUUUUGAAAGUUUUUUAAAUUGAAAAUUUUUUUUUGAUGAUAUGGGGUUAAGGGAUGAAAUCGUAGUAUUUUGAUUCUAUUUUUAUUAUUUUAAUCAAAAAUAUUAGCUAAAAAAUUAUAUUUUUUGAAAAAAUGUUCCACAGGACCAAGCUGAUUUUUUUGAAAUUUUAAAAAAAUUUCAAAUUGAAAAUUUUGAAAAUCAUAAAAUAAAUUCAAAUUUUUAGCACAAUGCUAGAGGAAUUGUGUCAAUGGCUUCGAACGGUCCGAAUACCAACAAAUCUCAGUUUUUCAUUACCUAUGACAAGCAGCCUUCGCUGGAUGAAAAGCACACUGUAUUUGGGAAGUAAGUCACUUUUGCCAGACUUCUUUGUACUUUUUGUGUAGCCUUUGGCACAGAUGUUCUAAUUUUUGUAAAAUACGAAAAUUUUUUGCUACAUUGUAUAAGUUUUGGCAUUUUUAUAAAUAUUAAUCCGUUCAAAAAGUUUUGAGCUAGGGUGCCUUGAAGCUUCGCUUUGAAAGUGGCUCAGUUUUUUGAACAAACUAAUAACUAAUAAUGUGAUGGAACACGUGAAUGCCAGACAUUUUAAAAACUUUUCACAUACUUUUGAACUAGAAGUCUUGCAAAAGUUGCGAAAAGUGGGCGGAGCUUCUCAAGUUUAUCAAAGUAGUAAUAAAGCAAGUGCUUUUUGGAGUGUAAAAAAAAGAAGUUACCAGUAUAAAACAUGGUAAAAUAUACGCUUUUUUGGUGUGUUACACGUUUUGUUUUUUGUUAUUUUUAGGUUUACAGUCAUUUUAUUUAGCUGAGUGGGUAGGCUUAGGCUCAUAAGGUUGAUAAGGUCUUUUAGGUUUAGCUUUAGUAAAUGUUGGCUUAGGGUUGGUAGGCUUACAAUUUGUAGGCUUAGAAUUAGUAAGCGUUGGCUUAGUAGGCUUAGGCUUAGUAAGCUUAGGUUUAGGCUUAGGCUUAGGCUUAGACUUAGGCUUAGGCUUGGGCUUAGGUUUAGUAAGUUUAGGCGCGUUUCUUUAUAUUUUUAGGCUUAGAUUUUAUAUUGUUAGGGGUUUAAAAACUUUUUAUGCUCUUUCAUGACAUUUUCUUCAGAAUAUAAUACGGUAACAUUGCCUUAUUUUAGAGUAAUCGAUGGCUUCGAGGCCUUGGAAGAACUUGAAAACACUAAAGUCGACGCCAAGUAUCGUCCGGUGGUUGAGCAACGCAUCAAAUCGGUCACAAUCCAUGCCAAUCCCCUCACCAGCGACCUCGCCCGCACCCUGGACUAG